CUCUCCUGCUUCGAUUCUUCUUCGGGUUCGGGGACUGGGUGACCACUGGGUGGUUUUGAGCUGCGGAUCAAGGGGGGCUUGCUGUCGCAUUUCCUUGGGGAGGGCGGGGAGGUCUCGCGGUCUCGGAAGAGUAGAUGAGGUGGGGGGAAUUGAGCGGCGCUCGUGGCUUUGGCGAUUUGACGGGGUGUUUGAGCGAGGCGGCGGCGGUCUCCUUGGAAGCAACGCCUCUGGCUUCCCCAAAGGACGUCGUCUACUCCAGUUUCGUUGCCUCAGAUCCUUCCGGGCUAAUCUCUCGCCGCUUGCUACGAGGUCAACCUCGACCGAUUGCUUGGGUAGCUUGUCUAUCGGUUGAUCUAUCAGUCGAUCUCACUUUCCUUGGUUCAGCUUCUGAGCUGAAAGAUCUCGCUGGGCAAGAGAUUCCGAUUUAUGUGCCGUCUAUUUUUUUUGUAUGGAUGGGAGUAUGGGACCGUUGCACGGGCUGCCUGUGUUGCGUGUGGUAGCUGAUUGGUUACUGGCCUGUGUUCUGUGUGCGGAUUCUAUGCUCAGUAUCUUGACACUAGUUAGCCAUGCCAAUUAGGUGCUGCCAUUCAGCCAUCAAUUUUUCUAUGAGGUGAACUAGUAAUCUAUGGACAAGAUCCAGUGUGCAGACACUGUAAAGGCUGUGCAGUAAUCUGGGAUUCCAUUACGGGGAAGAUGGCUUACAGCACUUUGGGGAGGCCAAAGGCCUUCAAAUACUUUGGAGAUAGCUUAUGGUUAGGGUUUGGUUAAGGGGAUGAUACAUGAUAGGAUGGUGCGGCUGCAUGAUGAGUGAAAAUGGAUGGAAGCACUAGAGGGGGUGGGCAUUCUGAUGCAUUAAGAAACUACACCCUGGGAAGAACAUUAGGUAUUGGUACAUUUGGAAAAGUGAAGAUUGCAGAGCAUAAGCUUACAGGACAUAGAGUUGCUAUAAAGAUCAUUAACUGCCGCCAAAUGAGAAAUAUGGAAAUGGAAGAGAAAGCAAAGAGAGAAAUCAAGAUAUUGAAGUUGUUCAUUCACCCCCAUAUCAUCCGGCUUUAUGAGGUCAUUUACACACCUAUGGAUAUAUAUGUUGUGAUGGAAUAUUGUAAGUAUGGUGAGCUGUUUGAUUACAUUGUUGAGAAAGGCAGAUUACAGGAAGAUGAAGCUCGGCGAAUCUUCCAGCAGAUCAUAUCUGGUGUUGAAUACUGCCACAGAAACAUGGUUGUCCAUCGUGACCUAAAGCCAGAAAACCUGUUACUUGAUUCGAAGUAUAAUGUAAAACUUGCGGACUUUGGCUUAAGCAAUGUAAUGCAUGAUGGUCAUUUUUUGAAGACUAGCUGUGGGAGUCCAAAUUAUGCUGCUCCAGAGGUAAUAUCUGGUAGAUUAUAUGCUGGACCUGAGGUUGAUGUAUGGAGUUGUGGAGUGAUCCUUUAUGCACUUCUUUGUGGAACUCUUCCAUUUGAUGAUGAGAAUAUUCCCAACCUGUUCAAAAAGAUCAAGGGAGGUAUCUACACUCUUCCGAGUCAUUUAUCUGCUUUGGCCAGGGAUUUAAUCCCAAGAAUGCUUGUUGUCGAGCCUAUGAAGAGAAUCACAAUUCGUGAAAUUCGAGAGCAUCAAUGGUUCCAGAAUCGUCUUCCUCGUUACUUGGCAGUGCCUCCACCAGACACGGCACAACAAGCCAAAAUGAUUGAUGAGGAUACACUUCGAGAUGUUGUUAAAAUGGGAUUUAACAAGGACGAUGUGUGUGAAUCACUGUGCAGCCGACUUCAAAAUGAGGCUACUGUUGCGUAUUAUUUACUAUUGGACAAUCGGUUUAGAGCAACCAGUGGCUAUCUCGGGGCAGAUUAUCAAGAUUCAAUGGAUAGGAAUUUAAAUCAGCUGGCGUCAUCCGAAUCAGCUAGUUCUGGUACAAGGAAUUAUGUUCCAGGAAGCAGUGAUCCACAUAGCAGCGGUUUGCGGACACAUUAUCCUGUUGAAAGAAAAUGGGCGCUCGGACUUCAGUCUCGGGCCCACCCUCGUGAAAUAAUGAUCGAGGUCCUGAAAGCACUUCAAGAAUUAAAUGUGAGCUGGAAGAAGAAUGGACACUACAACAUGAAAUGCAGAUGGUGUCCUGGGUUUUCUGAAGCCCAUGAUAUGUUAGAUGCCAGCAACAGCUUUGACUCUAUCAUCAUGCAUAAUGAUGAUGCAAAUGGAAAGCUACCUGCUGUGAUCAAAUUUGAAAUCCAGCUUUACAAGACGAGGGAUGAAAAAUACCUCCUCGAUAUGCAGAGAGUUACUGGACCUCAGCUCCUCUUCCUGGACUUUUGUGCGGACUUCCUUACCAAGCUUAGGGUUCUAUAGUGCUGUGUCUAUGUUCAGAGUGGCGAAUAACUAAACAUAGGGCUCUACGGUGUGAGGUUUUUCACUGUAGUGAUGAAUAAACAACAACAUGUAAAUAGGAACCUUUGCACCUUUUUCUUGUCUUUGGACAGCAAAACGUGUUGUUUGAGUGACCGGUCUUGUGUUUCGCCCAAAGGUUGGCUGUUAACUUGUUAUAGAUAUACGUAGGUUUAGUAUAACUGUCUGGGGGGCAUUUCUGUUUAAGCAAGCUGUGGCAACGCAGAUGGCAAUUCUGCAGUGCAAACACUUGCGAAAAAUGCAAGAUCCAGCUUGUUUUCAACUUACUACAUAUCUAUCCUGCGAUGUACUGUAAAAUUUUGCAGUUGCAAAUAUUUUUUCAUGACAA